AUGACGGAUACAGUUCCAAGAUUCUGCAGGACAAUUGACGGAAGUAACUCUGGAUUAUUUGCGCCUUGGCGAGUCGGAACAUUCAGUGUUUCUCUGCGCCAAUUCCCGAGUCGUCCUGAUCCUGGUCGUCCCUCUCACUUCUUUGUACGAGAAGAGAUCUACCCAUGUUACCAUGACCCUUGUCCAUGUUCCAAGCUUGGAGACCAUUCGUUUCUUAUUAGCGGAUGA